UUCUUCCACUUCCACACCAUUCAUGUGAUGAUGCUUCUUCUCCACCACCACCACCCAGCUCGGCCUGCAGCCUCCAUCUCCAUUCCAUGAAUAUUUGAUUGAUUGAUUCGUCAGGGAGAGUUGCCAAUGCGGGCCGAUUCACCACCGCCGCCGGAGAAGCGGCGGCUGGCUCUCGCCGACGUCACCAACAUCUUCCCCGGCACCCCCACUAGCCCUACCACCACCCGGCCUCCACCAUUGCCCGUAUCCAAGCCUUCCUUCUCCUCCUCCACCAUUUCUGCUCAAUCCGCAACGGGUGAGGGUGCUAGCUCCAGCUUGCUUAACUCUCCCAUAUCAACUGUCUACACAAGGAGGCGUAAGCGCAAGACCAGCAGCAAGUGGGCCAACCGAAACAAACCCUUCCCUGCUGGAACUGCGAGUUGUCCCCCUCCUUCAAAACGUACCAACAGGAAAACCUCAGUGGAUCAGGAUACUCGGCCUAUUUCAUCCUCGGCUUCUUGUCAUAAAGCAAAAAAGGGAUGUACAGGAUGCAAUGAUUCAUUACGCCUACGAUCUAUAGCUCAUAUUGAUCCGAAACCUUGUCGUGCAGUAUCAUGGACCCAGUAAAAGUUUUUAUCUGUAACAAGACAUGUGUUGAAUUUUUCUAAUCUAUUCUGCAAUGCUUAUGUGAUCAACUGCCUAUUCAGAAUUAUCAAAUAAAUAUUUGAAACUGCAUUAGUAUGCUUUAUCCAGACAUGU